AUGACGUGCACUGAUAAGCAAAAGGUGUUGUUCGAUACACAUAUGUUAUUUGAAGAGGAUGACUGCUGGUGGGAGAAUACCUGUCAGAGGUUGAAAGUUAUAGGUAGAACUGUUACUUGGGUGAAUUUCAAGAUUGAGUUUUUAGAGAAGUACUUUCCAGCGGAUGUUCGCAGCAAGAAAAAGAUUGAGUUCUUGCAUCUGAAGCAAGGUAGUAUUAUUGUGGCAGAUUAUUUCGCUAAAUUUAAAGAGAUGGUUAGAUUUUGUCCUCAUUAUAACGGUGCGGAAGCUGAAGGUUCCAAGUGCGUGAAGUUUAAGAGUGGCUUACGUCUUGAGUUUAAUCAAUUCAUUGGUUAUCAGGAAAUCUGUCGUUUCUCUGUGCUGGUGAACAAAUGCAAAAUCUAUGAUGAAGAUAGGAGAGUCAGAUCUAUUCACUACAAGAGUGUUAGUGAGAAGAAGAAUGGAAGUUAG